CCAGAUUUUUUGAAAGGAUGUUGAUCUAUGAGCUUUGAAUGGGUAAUGAGGAAGUCUCGCCAAUGGCCAUCAACAUUUGCUAAAUGAUUUCAAUUAGAUAGCAUCUGUGACGGAUAAUUUGGCUAGAAGCCUCUAAAAAGGCAAUGACGGGCACUUUGGAGUGUGUAUUCUAGUGACGUUCCUUGUGGCAGCACGAUAGCUUAGAGCUCUCUACCAUUCCUUCAGCACGCCGAAAACCGCAGCGAAUACUUCUCAACUUCUACAAAUUUGUCUUCAGUUUGACAUUCAAUAGUGGCACUUCUUAGGCCGUUUUGGGAAGUUUCUUUGGCGCAACAAUACUAGUGAAGCGACUAACAUGGAGAGGAAUAACUUAUCCUCGACAGGAAUUCAUAACAGUAGCAUGGCAUCCCAGCUACCUGACACAGCGGUCAAGGUAGUCGUGACAGCGGCCUACGCCAUCAUCUUCCCAGUCGCCAUUAUGGGAAACUUCCUUGCAAUCUACAUUGUGUUCAGAAAAAAGAGCAUGCGUAGUGUCACCAAUCUACUGCUGGUCAACAUGUUCGUGGGCAAUCUUCUGGUGGCAUUCAUCAUUAUGCCAUAUUCGGUAUCGUAUUUGUAUGUGCAGCAUCAUUGGGUGGGUGGUGCGGCAGGGAGUCUUGCGUGUAAGUUGCUGCAUUUCGCUUACGCCCUCCCAAUUGCGGCCUCGAUCUUCUCCUUGCUUCUUUCCUCCGUCGAUCGCUACAUAGCCGUCCUACAGCCUUUCAAAGAAAUCAAGCUCAUACGAAAUACCAAGGCCUCCACCACGCUUAUAUGGCUAUUGUCCAUCCUCUUCAUGUCCCCCUAUCUUUACAAGUUCCGCGCUAUCAAGAUGGCCGACGGCAACUUUUACUGCAUGGUGGAUUGGUCCCCAGCCGACACAGUCGUCGCAUCUCAAAUCUACUUCAUCGUUAUUUUUGUAUUCCUUUACACCCUCCCUCUACUCAUGAUCGGAACUCUGUAUUUUCGCAUUGGUUUGAAGCUUUGGUAUCGCAAGAUUCCUGGUAACAUAACCAAGAACAGUACUCGCGCCGCGGAGCACGCCAAGUGGAAGGUGAUCAAGAUGCUCAUUAUCGUGGUGACAGUGUUUGCGAUCUCGUGGGUUCCUGCUCACUCCAUGCACGUGCUCAUCUACUUCGACACGCAGAGGUACUUGGGCCUCCCCAUGUGGUUCAAGCUUAUGUGCUUCUGGGUGUGUCACGCCAAUAGCGCUGUAUCGCCGUGUAUCUUCGUGUCGCUGAGUGAGAAGUUUCGCCACAGUUUUCUCUCCAUUUUGCGCUGUGUCGAUGGCAAGAGAUACGACAGCUCCCGAGAUUCGAUGAAUUCUAGGGUCAGCUCCGAGAGACGAAUCGGUAAACUCACACUCAGCAGAAGGAGAUCAGUCGAGUACACAUACGUGUGAUGGGACGGUCAAGCUCGAGCAUGAUAUUUAAGUGGACAUGGCCUAGCCAGGGGCGCGCGAGGCUACCCCACUCGACAGCUGAGUGUCAGUCGCUUUCUUUGUUCCAUAAAGUCUAAUACCCAGGCUAACCUUCAGUAAGUCCUGACUGCGCGAACACUGGACACCACUUCACCGAAUUCCAAUGUGACAAAAAAUAUUGAUAAAUUCAACAACAUACAUGUACACAAAAUGCUUGAUAAGGGAAAGUUCAUUUAUUAUCCCGGGGGGGGGGGG